CACAUCGGGAGGAUUUUGUUUGUCGCCAGCAUCUCCAGGACGUGGGGAUGUCUGCAUUGGAUAUACUGUGUCUUGCAAAGCUAAAAGACUGGAGCCGUUUGAAGAUUAUGUAACAGUAAAGGUGCAGAUACCCUUUGGAAAGAGGAAUAAUGGGACCAGGCAUUCAGGAAUAUCCCUUAUUACUGCACAGAGAGACACAGCAGAAGGAAAGCCACAGCCACACCAAUGAAAACCACAAAGGAAUGGUAAAUAAUGGAAAAAGCCAUCCAAGCACCAAAGGACUAAAUAAACCAAUUUCUUAUGCGAAAUCUCCUCCUGGAAGAUCAGGCAAAAAUGUAUCAAGUGCCAUUGAAAAGAUUUCCUAUGACACUCAAGAUGGUCACCAACCAAGUGUUUUUAAGAAGGGAAGGAACCAGCUGGAUGGCAAUAAUCAGUUUAAAAGGAUCCCAAGUGUUUGCAGCUCAUUGCACAGUGCACAAGGACCAAAGAGGAGUCCCCCAGAAAGAAGACAAAACGAAUCCUUCCUGCACAGGAGUCCCCCAGAAAGAAGACAAAACGAAUCCUUCCUGCACAGGAGUCCCCCAGAAAGAAGACAAAAUGAAUCCUUCCUGCACAGGAUCUCCCCUGGCUCCAAGGCCAGCACACAAGAAAACUUCAGUAGGGCUAAGGAUGUCUCAGUGCAGCAUUUUUAUUGCAGUAAAAAAGAACAGUUGGGAAAGAAUCAUGAGGAAUACAUUGCUGAAGCCAGUCCAGGAUCUUCAAAAUGGCAAGAAGCAUCUGUAGGUGAAAUGUUUCUUGAUUUUGAAUCCGUACAAAUUAUUAAAGAAGAUGCUGAAGAUGAUAGUGCCAGUGACCUCUCUGACUCAGAAAGGAUUCCCAUUCCCCCCUCUCCCUGCACACCACCAGAACUCAUCCUCAGAGCUGAAGAAAUCGACCCAGUUUGUUUGGAACACAUCCCUGAAAUGGGAUUCAAAGAAUCUGAAUAUUACUACCCUGACUUCCUCCCACCCCCUUUCAACUCGUGGGACUUGAAGCAGCUGGCCAUCCUUGUCCACGUGGAAGGGAAAACCGAUUUCCACCCCAAGCCCACGGGAUCCCUGGAGAAAUACAUCGAGCGCCUGGUGCAGCUGGAGUGGCUGCAGAUGCAGACGGUGCAGAGCGAGAAGGGCAGGGCCACCAAAGCCCGGCCCCAGACUGCCCCUGGCCCCACCCGUGCCCUCAAGAGCCCUGGAAAAAGCAAAGCCUUGCUCAGCCCUGUGCCCAGCAAGCAGGAAAGUGUCACCAGGCUGCCCAGGGGCUGUUUGGGUCACAGGGCAGAGCCGUACUCUGAGGAGACUCGCCAGGUGCGUUCCCAUCCAGGUCACCUGAAAGUUCCUGAGAGAAUGGGAUGUGCAGCAUCUUCUCAGAGGCACACUGGUGAUGUAAGGAGUGAACUGAAAAAGAAACCAGCUGCAAAGCAGCAGCUGCUCAGUCUGCAGCCCCCCGAGAGCAGCUCUAAAAUCCAAAGUGUUGGUAACAUCAGACCCCCUAAGCAAACCCCAGCACCCCACGGUGCAGCUGCUCCCAUCAAAGGUUUAAAAACAUACAUGUGUACAAAUCCAAAGAAAAAUGGCAAUGCCAGCAAUUAUGGUCCUCCUAAAAAGCCAACAAUGGACAGGAAAAUAAAAACAAAUGGCACAAAGCAAACACCACGCAAAUUUCAGUGAGGGACAAUUCAUUAGUUGAUGCUUCUUGACUGCUAGAAAGCAUCUGGCCAGUGCAGAAGGAUCUUUUUAUUCUUCAUAGGAAGAUCCUGAGAAAAAUGUUCCUGACACGUGGUUCUGAGUCAGCACUGUUCAUUUCUAUAGAUUUGAUCUUAAGCCAGCAGGAAAUGUUUUCCCUGAAGGCAAGUGUCUUCCAUUGGUCUUUCCUCAAAAAUAUUUAUAAUCGCUCAAUGAAGAUAACAAUAGCACAGUGUGAAGUUUAGAGAAGUACAGAACGUCCUGUCUGCACCAGCUGAAGUCUGAAUGUUCCUUGUACUGACCCUGCUGGGUGUGAGGGAAGAGGGUCCAUGCUCUUUCUCCUUGCCCAGAUGUGCUUUUUGUAAGACAGGUUUGAUUGUGGUGUUUUGGUGUUUUUAUAAAAUAAUGGAGCCUGUUAUCUAUGCAAAGUCAACUCUAAUUCUUCACAGAAGAUGAUGAAUUGGAUUUUUUUGAUGAAAUAGAUAUUAUUUUUUUGAAGAGAAGAAGAAUGGUGAUAACGUUUUGAAAUAUUUUAAUGCAGACAGAAUUCUUUUUAAGACUAAGUAUUAGGGACCAGACAGCUUCAAUAAUGACAGAUUAAGAAAAUUGAAUGUGUAUUUUUAUACCCUGGAAUCUUCACUGUGUUUACAGACAGCUUUCCUGGAAGUUCUUUUUGUAGGCCUUGAUGCUUUUUGUCAUUUAGAGGAAAUGACCAAAUUUCAAAUUGCACAUGGAUAUAUUUGAGUAAUGCUAACUAAGGCUUUUAGCAGAGACUGUAUGGCCUGGUUUUCAGAACUGGCAGCCUCUCAAAACAUAAAAACCAGACUCUUAGGGGAAGAAUUUAAAGGGUGUUGUAAGUUCGGGUAAAGAUAUAUUUUGAUACAGAAGAUAGCUAUUUUUAGUCACCUAAGAUGAAUCUUAUUUAUUCUGUGGUCCAGCCUAGCUUGGCUUCUUAAGGUUUAGGGAGGUGAGAUGGGGAAAUAUCUUAAGAGAAAGAAAUUGUACAACCAGGAUUGGGUCCUGUCCUUGGGCCUUGUGUCUUCUCUUGUGUCUGUGAGAUACAGGAGAAUACAAAGGACAGCUCAGAGAAUAUUCAAGUGUCACUUGAUCUGUCCCAGCAGCUGGGGACAGGAUCUUGUUAAGAUUUAAAUUCUAAAGAAUGUUUUUUGCUUUCACUUUAAAAUCCUGGUCAGCAUAUUUUCCUCCUCAGUCACCAGUCCCAGUCUUCAUGAGAAGUGAGCUGAAGUCUGAUGGACCAGAUUGUGCAAGUGGAUCCUUCACACUGGGAUAGAAAAUGAAAAAGUAGCAAAUACUAAAGAGUACAUUUAUGUAUAUAGCUAAAUUGCACUUCUCUUGGUGAGCUCAUCUUGGUUUUAAGAUGCUUAGCUGUUUCUUUCAUUGUGCCUACCAGAUCUUCAGCUUUGUAAAAGUUCAAAGCAUGAAUUUAUAUGUAGUUUGAAAAGUGAGAAUAUUAAGAAAUGUAGUAAUAGAGUAUUUUACAGUACAUAAAAACAUUGCUCAGGAAUAGUCUAAGAAAUAUUUUUAGUGGUUUUUUUCCUCGUCUACUGGAGACCAAAUGUGAAAUUUUGAAUUGGUAAAGGAAACGAAUGUAAUAGACAGUAUUACAUUUCCAGCAUCAAUAUUUGUAAAGUUACACUUAAUAUGAAUUGUAGUUGCAUGUACAUUCAGCUCUAUGCAAUUCAAGCGAAACUGAAUCUGAGAUGCUCAAAGACCAGAGGAGCUGGCUGUGUCAGAGGUGUGGUGGCACUCAGGAUGGCACUGAACACCAGCAGCUGCAGGGGACCAGCACAUCCCAGUGUUGCUGUUCCACCCUAUGGUUUUGGUCCAGCUUCAUUUAUUUCAGCCUUUUUAGAUGAAAGAUUCCUGUACCCAGUGCUAGUAUUUCAAGCUCUGGCCAAAUUCUACAAGCUUGCCUUAGCCAAGUUUUCCUAAUUCACAUGAACAGUAGUAAAAAAUAGGAGAGCUGCUUUGCCAAAAAUCAGGAUUUUAAUGCACUGCUCUAGUUCACAGUUACAAGCACCAAACCUGAGGUGAGCAGGAUCCAGACAUUAAUCAGAAUAGCAGUUUUUAGAAAGAAAUUCUGUUAAGAUAUAGAAAAUAAUUUAGCAUGUUAUUAUAGCAUUGAAUAUUGCUGGAUGCUAAAUUUUCUAAAUUGAAGCUUUCCUGGGUUGUAAGGAGGGCAUGUAGAUACAGGCACAUUUUGCAUGAUCACUUCUUUAAGAAUAAAUAAACCCCAUUUCAAUCAGCUGUGACCAGAGCAAGGGCACUGGCAUUGGCACUGGGAAAAGUAUUUUGUCACAGAGGCAGGAAAAUUUUAAUGUCGUGUUUGUCACCUUAUGGACACCAGUCUGUCGUUGAAGACUAAAAAGUGAAGUAGGUGGAGGUGGUGAUGCCACUUUAAAGAAGUCUGGAAACUUGUUCAUCACUGGGCUCUGUGUGGGAUCUGGCCAAGUAAGUUUGUCUCACAUGCUAAUCACACCAGUCAAACCUGUGGCAUUGAUUUGAUACUUGUGACACGCUUUGUUCACACACACAAACAGAAAUUCUGUGUUUGCCUCAACAAACAGCUCUUGGCCUGAGCAGGGCUGGGUUUUAUCCUGUUUCCAUUUUAACUUCACCACGUUCUGGGCCUACAGAUGAAAAGAGUUCCUUUUAUGAACAGGACUGUGGUUUAUAUUUCUUUCAUUUCCUAUUGCUGGGUAUUAUCUGCUGAAAAGAGCAGAAAAAUUUAUUCCAUCAAACACAUUCAGUUUAAAAUUA